AUGCACACCCCCAAGGCGGAUGUUCAGAUGGGCCGCUUCAACUUUAUGGAGCAGUACAAUGAGUUCCGCAACCGCUCCGGUCGUGCGCCGGACUACUAUGUAGACAAGUACCGCAAGACGUACUGGCGCGUGGACGAGUACAUUCGCCGCUCUGAGAACUACAUCCAGUCACUGGGCUUCUUCUACCUACCCACACUGGAGUUUCCGUGGUACAAGGGCUGCAUGCCGCUCAUGUCAUCAUAUCAGAUACGCGUGCACUACAGCCGCCACCACCGUACCUACGUUGAGAAGCUUAAUCAACUCAUCGAGGGCACACCCCUGUACGGGAUGGAGCUAGACGCGCUGAUUGUGAAGAGCGCUAACGACAGUCAGCUGAAGGGCGUCUACAACAACGCCGCGCAGCACUAUAAUCACUCCUUCUUCUGGAAGUGCAUUCAGCCGUACGGCAGCAACAUCCCGCCGGACCUGUCCGCUGCGGUCUCUGCUCAGUACGGCUCCGUCGAGAACUUCGAGAAGCAGUUCAUUACUGCAGCCCAGAACCUCUUUGGCAGCGGUUGGGUCUACUGGGUGUACGACAAGAAGGCUUGCGCCUUCGACAUCAUCUCCUACAGCAACGCCGGCUGCCCGCUGACGAACUACGAGUACACGCCACUGCUGUGUGUCGAUGUGUGGGAGCAUGCGUAUUACAUCGACUACGAGAACAAGCGUCCCGAGUACCUUUCCAAGUACUUUGAUGUAGUGGACUGGCACUGGGCUGAGCGCCACUGGAAGCGCGCCACUGGCCAGGCGUACUAUGAGAUGAAGUUCUGGUAA